GGUGAGCAGCAGACUGGGAAAUAUGGCUACUGCAAAAGAAGAGUUGUACCCAAGAAAGAUUCUGGAUUACAUGGAGGGAUUCUUGGUGUCAAAGACUCUAUUUGCUGCAUGUGAGUUGGGAGUGUUCGAGCAGCUGCAUGCGUCAGAGCGGCCGCUGUCUGCAGGUGAGCUGGCGGAGCGUCUGCGCAGCAGUGAGGACGGGACUGCACGUCUGCUGUCUGCAUGUGUGGGUCUCGAGCUGCUGACUGCACACACAAACACUGAUGGUCAAGUGGUUUACAGUAACACAGAGAUGUCGACAGUGUUCCUCACUCAAUCCAGUCCAAAGUCCUUAUAUCACUCGAUUCAGUACAGUUCCAGAACCAUCUACCUGUGCUGGCAUUACCUGACUGAUGCUGUGCGUGAGGGGAAGAACCAGUAUGAGAAAGCUUUUGGAAUAAACUCCAAAGACCUGUUUGAAGCCCUGUACAGGUCUGAUGAGGAGAUGCUGAAGUUCAUGCAGCUCAUGAACUCGAUCUGGAACAUCUGUGGACGGGAUGUUGUUACAACUUUCGAUCUUUCGCCAUUCAAAUGUAUCUAUGAUCUUGGAGGCUGCAGCGGCGCUCUGGCCAAACAGUGCGUGUCGGCCUACCCCGAAUCUACUGUCACCAUCUUUGACCUUCCAAAAGUGGUGCAGAUGUCCCGAGAGCACUUUGUGUCCACUCAAGAUACACAGAUCUCAUUCUAUGAAGGAGAUUUCUUUAAGGAUGCUCUGCCGGAGGCGGAUCUCUAUAUUCUCGCACGGAUUCUGCAUGAUUGGACAGAUCAGCGCAACGUGGAGCUGCUCACCAAAGUUUACCAGUCUUGUAGACCAGGUGGCGGUGUGUUGUUGGUUGAAUCUCUUCUUCAUGAAGAUCACACUGGUCCUCUCACAGCUCAGCUGUACUCGCUCAACAUGCUGGUCCAGACGGAGGGCAGAGAGCGGACGGGUUCUGAGUACACUUCACUGCUCACUGCGGCCGGAUUCACACAUGUCCAGAUACACAGAACCGGCAAGAUCUACGAUGCCAUUCUGGCCUGCAAAUAAACCCGAUCACACUCACCUUACAGAUUCUAGUAGAACUUGAGAAAAUCAGUAUAGCACGAAUGAAGGCACUUAACGUUAUUGUUUUAACCCUUUUUGUGCAAUUCUGUAAGUCAACAUGAAAUCAAAACUGACCCUAUUUUAUUUACCUUAUCAGAGCGGAAUUGUGUCAUUUCUGCACCACCAAAUGAAAUUGCAGAAGCAUUCACUGUUUUCAAACAGGUUUCCUGAACCUCAAAAUAACCACUGGUUGUUCAAACAGGUGUUUAUUUUUCUCUUAUUUUAGGGAAACACUCUUAGUUUUAAUAUGGUACUCUUAUUUUUCAACCACCUUUUAAACACUCUUAAAAAUAAAGGUUCUUUACUGGCAUGCAUGGUUACAUAAGGAACCUUUAACAUCAUUGGAAACUUCCCAUUGCACAAAAGGUUUUUUGUAGUAGAAAAAGGUUCUUAAUACUAUAAAAGGUUCUUCAAAAAUGGUUCUUCUAUGGCAUCAGCCCAAACACCCUUUUUAAUGAACCAUCCAGUCAAUUCCUGAUGGAUAAAAUCAAGCACUUCCCUACAUUGUUUUCUCUUUGAAAACCCUGUUCCACUCAAAAAUACAGUUGAAGUCAGAAGUUUACAUACACCUCAGCCAAAUACAUUUAAACUCAGUUUUUCACAAUUCCUGACAUUUAAUCGUAGAAAACAUUCCCUGUCUUAGGUCAGUUAGGAUCACUACUUUAUUUUAAGAAUGUGAAAUGUCAGAAUAAUAGUAGAGAGAAUGAUUUAUUUCAGCUUUUAUUUCUUUCAUCACAUUCCCAGUGGGUCAGAAGUUUACAAACAUUUUGUUAGUAUUUGUUAGCAUUGCCUUUAAAUUGUUUAACUUGGGUCAAACUUUUUGGGUAUCCUUCCACAAGCUUCUCACAAUAAGUUGCUGGAAUUUUCAGGUUUGUAGGCCUCAUUGCUCACACACUCUUUUUCAGUUCUGCCCACAAAUAUUCUAUCAGUUUGAGGUCAGGG